AACAUGCGAAUCAUACUCAUUUAGCACGUGUCUUACAGAAUGCAUAAACAUUUUGCAGUAAACGUAAAUGUAGCACAUUAUUUUCACCUUGUUGCAUAAGUUACAAGUGUCUCAUCAGUUAAAACCUUUCAGCACUCUGUAGAGCUUUCCACACAACGUCUUAUCACCAGAUAUACCCAUACGCAAACGUAUCGCUAUCGUAGCUCGUGUGUCGGUGUCGCUUUGUUUGCAGGCGCCCGAGACCCGUAUAAUACGCGCACUAAGUACACUUAUCACAAUAAAUUCAUUCCCAUUGCCACCAAAGAGCAAUCGAACCGAACACAUCGGUCAGUUUGCUUUCGGCACCGACAGCAUGCGGAAUGCCUUACCGUUUGGACGUGUUCUCACCGCUGCUUUCCAGUGGCGCUGCAGCCUUACUGUACUGGUCGGCAUCAUUGUCACGCUAGCGCUCGUGCUCCUUUACCUCGUGUAUGACGUUAAUCUGACACUUACACCAAAGAGAACUUUGUUGGGCCAAUAUCCUACCAUAAUUGAUGAUGAUUCAGAUCUGAUGCAAAAAAGUACCGCUGCGGGUGAGAUAAACCAUGGGUUCUAUUUUGUUUACACUACUAUCGGGCUGGAUCCACGACAUCAAACUGCACCGCCGGGUGAUAUGGGCCAAGCGGUUACGGUGAACCUUUCCAACGAACAGAUCGCUCUCCUGGCAAACGAAGGAAUGCAAACUCAAGGAUUCAACCAAUACUUUUCCGAUCUUAUGUCCGUGCGGCGCAGACUUCCCGAAAUUCGCGAUUCCUGGUGUGCACAACCGGGACGCUUUCUAGACAACCUGCCUGUGACGUCGAUCGUGAUCGUGUUCUUCAACGAAGCUUGGUCGGUUGUUUUACGGACGGUACAUUCGGUACUGGACCGCUCUCCGGCAUAUCUGGUGAAGGAGAUCGUGCUUGUAGAUGACUGCUCCACCUUAGCUAACCUUAAAACCGAACUGGACGAAUAUUUUCGCCCAUAUCCAAAGGUGCGUGUCAUUCGUGCUCCUUCACGGUUGGGAUUAAUUCGGGCCAGAAUGUACGGUGCCAAAAAUACGACAUCCGAGGUGAUUACAUUCCUUGAUGCGCACGUAGAAUGUACAGUAGGUUGGCUGGAGUCAUUACUUGAUGUGGUCGCUCGCAAUGCCACCACUAUUGCUAUUCCAACAAUUGAUUGGAUCGAUGAGAAAAGUAUGGCACUUGUUUCCAACCGAUCCCUUAAUUAUGUUGGUGCAUACGAUUGGGAUCUUAACUUCGGUUGGUGGCACCGCUCAUCUUUAAAGAAGAAGUACGAAAACAAAAUGGUGCCGUUCGAUACCCCAGCUAUGGCUGGAGGACUGUUUUCCAUCAACAGGACGUUCUUCGAACGGCUCGGUUGGUAUGACGAAGCGUUCGAUAUCUAUGGCAUCGAGAACAUUGAGCUAUCGAUAAAGAGUUGGAUGUGUGGUGGAAAGAUGGUAACAGUUCCCUGUUCCCGGGUAGGACACAUCCAAAAGGUAGGUCAUCCAUAUAUGCGUAAUGAAAAGAAGGACGUUGUGCGGGCGAACUCGAUCCGUCUAGCCGAGGUGUGGAUGGAUGAGUACAAGCAGAUCAUCUUCGACAUCCAUGGUAUUCCACACUAUCUGGAAGAGGAGUUUGGUCCAAUUGAGGAACGGAAGGCGGUUCGAGAACGGGCGGGUUGUAAGGACUUCCGUUACUAUAUUAAGUACGGUUUUCCGGAAAUGAAAAAUCCCCAUAUAGCCGGUGCUUUCCGUGGUGAAGUACACAGUGCACUGUUAGGUAAUGGCACCUGUCUCGAGUAUCGUCCGGAUGACAACUUUCUCGGUAUGGUACAGUGCGAUGGAAAACAGAAAACACAAUACUGGACACACAACUACUACCAGGAGAUAAAUAGCUACCGUCACUGUUUGGACUACACUGGGACCGAUCUCGCACUCUAUGGUUGUCACCGAUCACGUGGCAAUCAAGCGUGGCGUGUGCUGACUGAAACGCAGCAACUGCAAAGCAUCAAGCACGACCGAUGCCUCACGAUAGAUACGCAAACCAACGUUACGCUUACCAUGCAGAUAUGUGAUCCAAAAAGUGUCACCCAAAAGUGGUCCGUAACCUACAUCGAAAUAGACGUGUCACCGUUUACUUGAGCUAAUCUCAGUCAUCGUUCACGGUACAGGCGUCUACAAUCUAGUCGUUAAACGUUUAAUCGAUAGCUCUUUCGUUUAUCAGUUCGCUACGAUGAUGGCACCGACUAUGUGUACCUAGCACGUAGAUUAGGCGAGCUAAAGCAUUAUCCAGAUAUGUUUACUGUGUUAUCUGCCCCCUUAUUUACCAUCCAAUCCCACAAUUUAUUCAGAAGGUCAGUUUUAUUCUCAUUAUGGUUGGUGAGUGUGUUCCGAUGACGCUUUUUCAAUUGCGCAAAAUGUGAGCCUCAAUAUAUCGUAUGGUAGAAAUUGUUUUACAUACCCUGAAACAAGCAUUCUAA